AUAUUCAUAUUUUUGGAGCAACAUUUACACGGUGAUUUGCAGGGUCAUCGCAGCGCCUGCUGCCCCCUCGCGGCCACACUUCUCCCGGGGACUUGUUGCAGUGCCGCACUCGCAGGAACGGCUAGCUAGCCAGCUAGCUAGUUAGCGUUAGCAAACAUCGACUCCGGUAUCCAGCAGCAGUCGUAGCGCAGAGAAACUCGUGCUCCGUCCACAUCCCGAUGACAGGGACACCGCGUGGACAGACAUGCGCCGGGACAUUGACUGAUAUUCGGCGUGGUGUCCUCGACGUUAUCGCCGCGGCUCGGUGAGGAAAUCGCUGAUCCGAAGAGCGCCCGUAACUUGAUCCGCGGCCAUGGAUCCUGAUCGUCAGAAGCGCAGAGAGGAAAUUCAGAAAGCCAUGAGCUUUAUCCAGUCAUCGUUGCCUUUCCCGGAGCCAGAGAGCUAUGAGGCAUUUGUGAUCCAGCUGGUAUGUAACCUGCUGGACGAAGGCAACUCGUGCUUUCGGGACGGGGACUGUCGUCAAGCGAGCCAGCAGUACGGAGAGGGCAUCAGUGUGGCCCGCUACGCUCAGGCCGAGGCCCUCGUCAUCCCUCACGAGCUGCUGGAGAGCCUGUACGUCAACAGGGCUGCUGCCUGCUUCCAGACGAGGGAGUACGAGCGCGGCGUUCAGGACUGUGACAGUGCACUGUGUGUGUCAGAAGGCAGUCGCAGGGCUUUGUACCGCAAAGCGAUCUGUCUGAGGGAGUUGGGACGAAUCCGGGAGGCUUACGAGUGUGGAACCAAAUGUCUACUCACUGCACCGCACGACAGGCAGGUGAAUGACUUGGCUCAGGAUCUGGCCAGCAAACUAGGCCUGAAGGGCCGCAAGGCUUACGUCAGCCCUCAAUCAGAGUGCACAGCCACAGAAGGGGAGAGUCAUGGGGAGUCUUCUCCACCCACAGGGGAGAUGUCCUCCAAUGGGCUAGAGUCUCUGGGGGACAUGGGAGCAGCGGACCUGUCCGCCGCGCAGUGCAUCCCUGCUCCUUUGGCCACGCCCAUCCCGGUCAGUGAUGACCCGGCGACCCCCGUGGUGACCCCGUGCACCGACCUGUCGGAGAGCCCCAGCAGUCAAGGCCUGCCGCCCAUGCCGUACUCCGUCCCCGUGUCGGAGCACAUGGACGAAUGCAGCAGCAGCGUCAUCAAGGACGAGCUGGACAGUCUGCUGGAUUCCAUCCCCGAGAAAGUCAGUGAGGUGAACCAAGGCCAGAUGAGCGAAGAAAUCUACCAGGCGACAUACACCACUAGUCCAGUCCAGGGAGCCAUCCCCACCAACCUGCCCAAUACGGCAGUGGGUCUCCGGCCGCCAUACUCCCCAAACCUCCCAGCCCCCUCGCCCCAGCUCGCACCAAACUUCUUUAGCUCCACCCUCAGUGACAUGCCCCCCCUGGAGCCCUGCCCGCUGGGCCAGCGGGACCAGAGCUCCACCCAGGCGCAGGACGCACUGGGAGGCUUUCCCACGGGGGCCACGGAUGGAGAGGGGAAGGCUGGAAGCGCCGCUGGCGGGCUGGACUCGUUGUCUGAGUAUACUCUCCCUGGGGGACGAAUGUGUCACAGCUUCAUCCCUGGAAUGCGUAACCAUAGCGCUGCACAUGCAAACGGUCCAGCAGGAACCAACCUGUCUCUGCUCUCCAGGAACCCUCUGGCAGUCACGCACGACUUUCGGCAGGCCUGUCAUGCCUGUUACAGCCGAAUAGGUCCAAGAGUGAUGGACUACAAGUAUCAGCCGGAGGCAGCACACCGCUGCAAAAGGGAUGUGCUUCUGUGCCGCCUCAAAAACACAGAUGACCCAACCUGGAAGAGGAUCCGACCAAGGCCCGCGAGAAACAACUUCCUGGGGGCGUUUGUACUCUGUAAAGAGGUGCAGGAGCGUCAGGAGUGCCAGUACGGGGAGAACUGUACGUUCGCCUACUGCCAGGAGGAGAUAGACGUGUGGACCCAGGAGAGGAAGGGCGCGCUGAGCCGAGAGCUGCUGUUCGAUCCGCUGGGCAGCACCGAGAGGCGGGCGCUCAGCGUCACCCGGCUGCUGCAGCUCCACAUGGGCAUGUUCAUGUUCCUCUGUGAGGAAUGUUUUGACAGUAAGCCUCGCAUCAUCAGCAAGCGCAGCAAAGAGAACUUGGCGGUCUGCUCGAACCUCACGGCGCGCCACCCGUUUGACGACAACAAGUGCCUGGUGCACGUGGUGCGGUCGGCCAACGUGCGCUACAGUAAGGUGCGACCGCUGCACCCGCUCUGCCAGUUCGACGUGUGUCGCCACGAGGUUCGCUACGGCUGCCAGCGCGAGGACAGCUGCUCCUUCGCCCACUCCGUCAUCGAGCUCAAAUGCUGGGUGCUGCAGCAGGACACAGGUAUCACCCACGAAGAGAUGGUGCAGGAGUCGAAGAGGCAUUGGCAAAGACUGGAGCAGAACGCACAGAAGCAGCAGAAACCCACCCAUAUCUCCCAUCCCAGCAGCAGCAUGUCUGCAGGAGGAGUGGGCGGAAUGGGAGGCGGGGGAAUAGGGGGAGACGGCAUGGGUGUGGGCCCAGUGUGUGGGUUGGGAAUGGGGGGGCUGGGCGUGGGGAUGGGCAGAGGGCGCCCCCUCAACCUGAAGAUGAAGUUUGUGUGCGGCCAGUGCUGGAGGGAAGGACAGGUCAACGAGCCCGACAAGAACCUCAAGUACUGCACCGCCAAAGCGCGGCACAGCUGGACGAAGGAGCGUCGGGUUCUGCUGGUGAAGUCAUUCGAGAAGAAGAAGUGGGUUGUUGUUCGCCCGCUGCCUUUCUCCCGCACCUAUCCACAGCAAUAUGACAUGUGUGUGCAUGUGAUGAAGCAGAAGAAGUGCCACUACAUUGGGAACUGCUCAUUUGCUCACAGUCUGGAGGAGAGGGACGUCUGGACGUACAUGAAGAACAACAGCCUGAGAGACAUGCAGCAGAUGUACGAGCUGUGGCUGCAGCUCACCAAUCAGAGCAGGCGCUCGGAAAGCUCGGUCGUGAGCUCAUCCCCAGACGACAAGCAGGUCACCAUCACGGCAGACUACGCAGAGAGCCUGGGAGGACGGCGGCUGUCAGACGGGGACGUCCUCUGAGAGACGGACACCUUCUAUGAGCAUAGCCCGCCAAGAUCAGAGAAGGUGGACCUGCUACUAAAUGGUUGAGACCCCCCCCCCCCCCCCCCCACGCACACGCACACACACACACACACACACACACCAACAAGGCAUAUGCAAAGAAACCGUUUUGAGAGGGAAAAUAAUAAAAUCUGUUUUGUUUUAGUUACACGCAGCACCUUUAGGUUCCUCCCCAGCAAAAUAUACUGCAGAAAUUCCACAGACAGACUAGUUUUGCUUUGACUAAAAUGAAUAAAUAUAACCUAAGCCCAACUUUUAUUUUUAUCUUGUUUUCUUUGUUUGUUAAAAGCCUCGCUGCACUGCAACAGUUCUCGGUUGGGCGCGCUGGUCGCAGCCCUUAUAAUCUGCUGUUGUGCUGAUUUAAAACUGAAUUAUACCCAGAAGUAUGUUUAAAAGUGGAAAUUUAAACAUUGGAGUGCUGAGCCCUCAUUGUUGAAACUAUGAAGAAUUGUAAAAGCGGACACUCCUCGAUAAGCUUCCCAACCAACAAAUCCCGCUCUCCUUCCUUUGUGGGGUUUCUUUUACGAGAGCGUCAAAAAGCUAUCUGGGGAUUACAGAUUUUGAGGCAUUAUUUUUUUUUUCAAGGCGUGUUGCACUUCCUUGUUAUAUUGUCUGCCAUAUUGGUAGAGUGCUAUGAAUGUAAAGCCUUGCACGGGACUUUAAAACUAAAAUUAGUCACUGAAAACCUUGCUGUGGUUGUGGAAUGUAUGCAAGUAUACUCAAAUGCCCCAGAGUGAACUCUGGUGACCCCCCCCCCCCGCCACCCCGCCAUAGAUGUAAGAUGGCCUCGCAACAGCUGGUUAUGUAAUGAAACCAACUUUCCCGACACGCAGAGACACGCAGAGUGUCGUCACGCGAGGGGAAAGGUGUGUGCGUUCAUUACCUAACGACACGUGAGCCAACGUCUCCACCGAGGGGCUUUAAGCCGACAGGUGUGUAGCGGGGCCACAGAGGAGCGGGUCAGUUCAGACCCCCCCCCUCCCAAUGACCUCACUUCAACUGAAGCAUAGUGAGAGUAGCCCCCCCCCCCCACCCCACGGCCUUCAGAUGAAAAAUCAGUGUUCCUCAUCUGCAUCCAUUUGUUAUGUUCCCACUAGCUAUCAGUAGCUCCUGAUAUGAACCUUUGCAUUUUAGAAAACCUGUUGGCUUGAGACAGGGGGAACCAUUCUCACCACAUGUUGUGCCUAUAAACAGCACACACACACACACACACACACACACACACACACACACACACACGGGCAGGAUAUCUGUUGCCAUCUUAUUCUAGCCUUUAACGUGGAAAGACAUGAUGACAUAUGUCUAUAUUCAGAUACAUCGACACGCAUAUUAUACAUAUUUACAAAUAAUGGUAUACUACUACUAAUAAUAAUUGAUAACUUAGCGGUUAAGCUUAAUAAAUAUAUAACCUGCAUUGAUUACAUAGAAGAACUUCUUGUUAUUGAGGUAUUGCUCUAUGACACGUAUCACUGAACUAGAUGACUAUAGUGGUUUUUGUUUUGUUUUAUAUAAUUCUUUUUUAUUUUGUAGUUCUGUGCGGGUUGUUCCAGACGGGGUUUGUGGGCUUCAUCUUUGCACUGAGAGCAGAAGGGAAGAAGAAGAAGUCACUCGACUUGAGAGGCUUUCUGUCUUUGUUGAGCAGCUCAACUGUAUCCCCUGAAUGUUUCAGCCUUCCUCUUCUGCAACGUUUGGGUCAAAAGCUGCCCUUUAAUUAUUGUUAUUUUAAUUGUCCAGACUGAUUUCUGCUCAGUACUGAAAAAAAAAAUAGCAAACGGCUUCUAUUCCCCAAAUACUGACGUCAAAAGAGCAGUCGCUGUGAGACUAGCAGUGUCUUAAUUAUCCAGCUCCUAAAUCAGAAUCUAGAUGGACACACCGGCCUUUGCUGGACCUCAAAACCAGAUCUUGGGUCAGUUGUGCCGGACGCGGGGUCACGGGGUCACGGGGUUUAAUAAUGAGCCCUCGUCUGGAGCAGCCCGGGUAUUCGCCUCUUUGAGGGAUCGUAUUACUACUACUCCUAGUAUUAUGAUGAACAUGAUGAUGAUGAUAAUGAUUUCUAUUUCCUCUCUAUAUGCUAUCGAUAUAUACGUAUGUUCAUUGCAAUGUAUAACUUUCUUUAUAUAUGUAUCCAUGUAUGAAUAUAAUAAUGAAUGGUAAAUAUGUGUAUGCAGCAGGGCCCGGCUCUCUGUGGGAGGCAGUGAGCAGGGAGAUACUCGCUUUGAGGUGACGUCACCUACCUGCUACCUGUAGGUUGUCGAUAGCUCAAGCCUUUUCGCGCAAUGCAGCGGACGCUAUGUGAUGAUAUGAUAAUGUCGCCUGAGCUCUGUUCGUAAGCCUUGGGAUUAUUCGGGCACUGGCCAAACAAAACCAAAAAGAAGCCGAUGAUGGCCAAGGACUCACAGUGUGUGUGUGUGUGUGUGUGUGUACUUAUACGGUUAUAAGCAUGUACACAGUGUCCUCCAUGUUGAGCCCACCAGCGGAGCUCGCUGCUCACUGCCUGUGCACUUUUGUCUAAAUUGAUUCACAAAGCAAGGACGGAUAUGAAAUCAAAAGCAUACAUAUACUCCUGUGUAGCGCCUUAUUCAUUAUACUACACCUAUAAGAUGAUACAUACCCUUAUUGUAUAUUCCUGCUUACUAUAUACAGUAUAUGAUACCUAUAAUAAUACUUAGACGCUCAUAUAAGGUAAUUUAGAUAAGAGAUGGUGGAACUUUAUCUUUUUUUUUUUGUGGCUGUGUGAUUUUUUUUUGUUUGUUUUGUGUUUGCCAAUUUGUUCGAAUCUUGUUUUUCAUGGUGUUCAAAAGGAACAGUUAAAAGUUAAAGUAAAUGCUCUUUGUCAUUCAUUGGUAGGCGGGAUGGAAAGUUGAAACACUUGGCAAAUCUUAAUUUGGUCUGAAAGAGAUGUUUUUGGUAAAUAAACCGCAAGGUGUUUUUUUCUUAUGUCUUAUUUGGCUUUAUAAAAAGGGACUAUGUCUGGCAUCUAU